AUGGUCGCCACUAUCUAUUCCUCCGUGAGGACACCCUCCCUUGCGAUCCUUCUUGGAUUGCUUCUAUACGUUGUCAGCGUUGUCGCAGAGGAUCCGGUGUCGUUCUUUAAAUCGAGACCAGACAUCUUUCCUCCCGUCUUCAAAGUCGACCACAGCGUACCCGAAAAGCUCAGUCCCGGUUACAUCUUUAUCACACCUUACGAGGCUCAAAAUCCGGGACCCUAUAUUUUUGACACCAAAGGAGAGCUAGUAUGGAGCGGCUGGGGCGUAUCAGGACCAGGCAAUUCUCACGGAUUCCAUGUGUGCCAAUAUAAUGGCGCAGACCACUUGUGCUUCUUCCAAGGCAACCAACAGAAAGGCUACUGUCGCGGACAUGGCAUUAUCAUGGACAACACCUACCGCAUCGCGCGAUCCGUCCAACCCGGCGGCGGAAUGGCAUCUAGCGACAUGCACGAGUUCAUGCCAAUCAACAACGGAAAAUCCGCCUUGAUGACCGUUUACCAACAGCGUCAGUUCGACAUGACCCCGUGGAACAUCAAGACCGGUAUGGGCUGGUUGAUGGAGAGUGUCUUCCAGGAGGUGGAUGUGGAAACGAGCAAGGUACUUUUCGAAUGGCGGUCUCUCGAUCACGUCGAUCCGUCCAUGAGUUACACCUAUCCCGCCCACACGGAUACCUCCGGAACGGGAUUGAACGUGCACGAGCCCUGGGAUUACUUCCAUAUCAACUCUAUCGACAAGAAUAACGACGGCGACUAUCUGAUCUCUUCGCGUCACACUUGCGCCAUUUAUAAGAUUUCCGGCAAGGACGGAUCAGUUGUUUGGCGAUUGCACGGCGCGAAACCGACCUUCCGCAAUAUCAACUUUAGCUUUUCGCAGCAACAUGAUGCGCGUUGGCUUUUCGAGAAUGCCACUCAUUCGGUGGUUUCACUAUAUAAUAAUGGUUUUAACGGAUACAACCGGACGCAUGCGUACUCCGGUGGUAUGAUCAUCCUUAUCGAUCACGUUGACAACACGGCGCUCCAGAUUCGCGAUUAUCGUCCCUUGAUCCAUGACCUGAUCAGCUCCAGUCAGGGUAACCUCCAGCGACUACCGAACAAGAAUGUCAUGAUGGGUUGGGGCAACAACCGUUAUAUUUCGGAACAUGACGACGAAGGCAAUAUUGUAUUCUGGGCUACAAUUGCCGCCGACCCGGUCAUGAACUAUCGCGCGAUGAAGUUUGAGUGGGAAGGAAACCCCACCGAUUCGCCCGCGCUUUGGACAUACUCUCGUACUGCGGAUCCAUUUUCACCGACAACCUUCUACGUCAGUUGGAACGGCGCCACGCGCGUUCAAGAUUGGCGAUUCUUUGGAGCCGAGAAUAUGACUGGACCCUGGACGCUUUUGGACAAUAUCGAGAAGACCGGCUUUGAGACCGAGUACACCAACACUAGCUUCUACCCAUGGACCCGUGCCGAGGCAAUUGACAAGACUGGUGAAGUUCUUGGUCGAUCUGAGAUCAAGUACACGUUUGUUCCAUCCCCGGAGCUGCGUGAGUUUUGCCAAGAUGAGACUUGUUUGGAUGCGCCCGGAUUUGGUUUCCCUGGCGAGGAACAAGCUAGCCCGUUCAUCCCCCCGGUGGGCGUCAACACUGUGCCAUGGGUCGACCCAGAGCACGACGGGUCCAUUUGGCAAUAUCCCUCGAGCUUGCCGCAUGCCUCGACCACGGUCUACCACAAGAGCUGGACCUCUAAUCCAAUUUAUCUUUGGGCUGGUGUGGUAUUAUUAAUAAUUCCUCUCCUCGGAGGAGGCUACUAUGCCUUCCGCUACCAUCAACGAGAGCAGCGGCUGGAUCCGCUGGAUGAUUCCGAGUCAGCUGAGCCGUUGAACGGCAUGGCUGAGAGAAAGUCCGCUCGUCACUCCAGCGAUCUACCCUGGUGGAACUGGAGGCGGUGGACCGGAGGGGAUGAAGGUCACUACUUCCCACUUGCGGAUCGUAGUCCCAAUCACAGACGACAGCGGACGGAAUAG